CUAUUAUCAAUGGUAAAAAUAGUAGUAGUAGUAGUAGUUACCAAUUAAUGCUGUCAAUACUCAAUAGUUAUUGUUCAAUUUUUUAUGUUAUUUGCUUUUAGGCUUAUGGUUAUAGCUCACUAUCUUUAACACUAUUAUUAAAAUUUAUAUGUUUCUUUAAAGUUUAUUGUUUACAAUCUAAUAUACUGUGUUUAUUAUUGUAGAUAUUAGAUGGUAAUUAGUAAUAAUUAACAGUAUUCAUUAAUCAAUAAUCGCUAUUUGUUUCACGUUCUCGUACCAUCUCAAUACUUGUGUUAUGUAAACUACUAUAACAUGGUGAAGCCUUAUAAUUUAAAUGUAAUUUUUUUUAUACAAUUCUUGAAUUUGACAAUCGGAUUGCAUACAACACUGUCUAAGUUUUGAUCAGCAUUGGUAUUUUAAUUAUUGUGCAUUAUCUGAAUUUAUUGUUUACUAAAUAAGAACUCAGUUUUACCGACCAUGGACAAGGAAGAAACAAUUAAAAUGUUUGAUAUGACUGAUUAUUAUAUUGGUCUUGGACUUGCUUUGUGUUCGAGUGGUUUUAUUGGAGCGAGUUUUAUUAUAAAGAAAAAAGCUCUUGUUCAAAUAUCAUUAAGUAGUGGACGUAGAGCAGCUAAUGGUGGCUAUGGAUACUUAAGUAAUUGGUUAUGGUGGUUUGGAUUAUCAAUGAUGGCACUUGGAGAAGUAUUUAACUUUGCUGCUUAUGCUUUUGCCCCAGCUUCAGUGGUUACACCACUUGGCGCACUUAGUGUCAUUGUUGCAGCAAUAUUAUCUUCAAAGUAUUUAAACGAACAGCUUAAUUUAUUGGCAAAGAUUGGUUGCUUUAUGUGUAUUAUUGGUUCUACAGUGAUGGUAAUUCAUUCUCCAAAAGAAGAACAAGUUGACACCCUUGAAGAUUUGUUACAGAAACUUACAGAACCUGGUUUCAUUAUAUAUACUAGCAUAAUGUUGAUCAUAAUUUUCUCAAUAUUCUUUUAUUUCGGUCCUCGUUAUGGUUCAUCAAAUGUUAUAGUUUAUGUUAUAAUGUGUUCAACAAGUGGUUCAUUAACUGUUAUGUGGUGUAAAGGACUUGGACUUGCUAUAAGAGAAACAAUAUCAGGUCAAAGUGAAUUCACAAAUUGGUUAACUUAUAUAUUUAUUGUCUUGUUGAUAACAUUUGUAUGCAUACAAAUGAACUAUUUGAAUAAAGCCUUGGAUACUUUCAACACAAGUGUAGUUACACCAGUUUAUUAUGUCAUGUUCACAACUCUUGUAAUAACAGCAUCUGCAAUACUAUUCAAGGAAUGGGAACACCUACAAUUAAAUGACAUUAUUGGUAUUAUUUGUGGAUUCCUUAUAACUGUGACUGCAAUAUUUAUGUUGAAUACAUUCCGUGAUGUGGACAUGUCACGUAGUCAUUUUGCAUGGCGGACUCGUCAACCAAUUACAAGGAAAUCCACAAUUGAAGAAAGUGCUCAAACUUCUGCCCUCAUUAAAAAUAAUACACAAUACGGUACAAGAAAUGUUUGACAUUCAAAUAACAACUCAAUGAAAUUUAAGAUCAAAAGAAAAAUAAUUUGGAUAUUAAAAUCCUUUGAACCUGGAUAAAGUAAAUUACAUAUUAUUUUAAAUUAUAGUUUAUACAGACAUUUAGUCUUUUUUAUUUGUUUAAGUUUAAUUUUUCCAAAUUAAAUAUUAUGUUUAAUAAUA